AUGCCAUUUAAUACGACCCAUGCUGUAGCUGAAGGUCUGUCCCAACUACACAAUGACAUAGACGACAUAGAAUCAGAAACAAUUUCACAUAAUUCUCAGGAUACACCUGAGUAUAAGAAUGAUCAAAGUGCAAAUGUACAAGAGCAGUUUAUGCUAAUACCAGAAAAAGUAAAUACAGAGAGUCCUCAGGAUCCAAACAUUGCUAAGGAACAUUUUCAGAUUGAAACACCAACCUUAGAAGAUAGUAUGACUGAGGAAAGUAACUAUCCUACAGGAUUGAGUGGUGAAAUACCUUUAAAAACUGAUGAUGUACGUGCACAUACCGAAACGACUAUUCUCGAAGAGGUGUUAACGAAAGCUAUUCAAGAGGAAGGGAAUGAAAUAGAAGGCGAAGAAGAAAAAGGAAAAGAAGAGUACAAUCAAGAUAUACAAACGACCAACAAUCCUGACUUAGAAAACGCCAAUCAUUCCCAUGAAGCUCUGAAGGACACAUCCUCACAACCAGAUGAACUGAAAAUAGACGAUAAUGAAGACCCAAUAGACAAUGAGGCGUUCUCGAAGCUUCUCGAAUUUGAUUCAAAAAAUGACCACGAAUUAUUCAGUACAAAUGAUAUUCCGGAUGAAGCAAUAGCCAAAGAUAAUGAAAAUAAAAACGAUAUAAUUAAUACAGAAACGAUUGAACAACAGGAUAACACAAUAAAGGAUACAGAUGAAAAAACAAGGGAAUCCACUGUAAAGUUAGAAGAUAAUAAACAAAAUAAUGAAUCAUCCUUAUCGCCGCAUCCAACAUUAUCAAAGGAAUUAAAACAAACCCUAUCUGCAUUUACAAACACACCUGAGAUAUCAUUAAGUCCUACAAAUAAUGUUAAAGAUAGAGUGAUAGUCAAACCAGAAGAUAUUGCUAAUGGAGAAUCAAACCUUGUGCAGAAAUUGCUUAUGGAAAAGUCAAUAACGGAACAGGAUCAGCGAAAGAACUCUAUAAUACCAGGUAUGUUCCAUACAAACGAUUUACAUCCUCAAUCCAUUCAAUUAGAAAGUAUUUCACAACACAGCGGUGCUUUGUCACGUAUAGGGAAUGAUCUCUCGCCAAUGAAUGUAGGUGAUCCAAAUAGCAUCGGUGGGACUCAUCAAGGGGUCACUGGUGUCCCCGAUGAACAACCUACCAUUUUUGCGUAUGCCAGGUUAGACUUCCAAAAUUUUACCUUUUACGUUCAAACAUUACAUGCUAUAAUAGGUAGGCGGUCCGAAAAUGAUACUACCCACAAAGUCGAUGUUAAUCUGGGACCGUCAAAGUCCAUAUCCAGACGUCAUGCUCAAAUAUUUUAUAAUUUCGGUACUGGAAGAUUUGAACUUUCAAUUAUUGGUAAGAACGGUGCUUUCGUAGAUGAUAAUUUUGUGGAAAGAGGAAAGACAGUUCCGUUGAUGAAUAAAACAAAGAUUCAAAUUGGCCAGAUCCCAUUUCAAUUUGUAUUGCCAGAUCAAGAUAAUGAUGCGAUAGAAGAUGAUAGUAAAGAAAGGGUAUCAGAUGGUUCUAAAUUUAUAAAGUCAACUAACAAAAAAGCAAAGAAAGCAACUACAAAAAAAGCAACUGUGAAGAAAGAAACAACCAAGAAACUAGGGUCUGCUAAGAAGGAGACAACAUUAAAGAAAGAAACUACAAGAAAGAAAGAAACGACCUCUAAAAAAGAACCUGCAACUAAGAAGAAGACAACAACCAAACCAGCAGUAAAGAAAGAAAGGAAAACGGCGAAAGUACCGAAGAAAGUUUACACACUCGAAGAGAUCCCAGAAGAAUAUCGAACCAAACCUGCAUUUUCUUAUUCUGCAAUGCUUACCACAUGCAUACGCAAGAAUUCUACUGAAAAAGGUAUGUCACUUUCAGAAAUAUAUGCUGGUAUCAGAGAAUUGUAUCCAUUUUAUAAAUAUUGUCCUGAUGGUUGGCAAAGCUCAGUAAGGCAUAACCUUUCACUUAAUAAAUCUUUUAGGAAAGUUUCUAAAGAAGGGAAGGGUUGGUUAUGGGGAUUGGAUGAGGCUUAUAUAGCUGAAAGAGAACAACAAAAACGGAAACAGGCUGAAGCUGCAAAGGCCAAGGCUGAAGCAGCCCAAGCUCGCCAAGAACAGCAACAACAACAAAAAGCAAAGAAAGCAACAACUGCUAAGACUACUUCUGCGAAGAAACAAAGCAUAUCUCAGACGUUAGCUGCUAACAGAGCCACUACUAAUAAUGUAAAUAGAUUGACUGAUCACCAAAGGACAAUGAAAUACUUACAGGGACAACUGAUGAUUCUGACCAAGGAUAGAAAAGGGCUAUCAAAACAAGUUAUUGCAAAUAUCCUGACUCAAGCGUUAGCAAUGACCAUUAAUCAGGUAACACAAGCAGCAAAGAACAAAGGAAUAUCAGGAAAUCCACUUACUGCAUUAAUGGAUAAAAAUCCUAAACAUUUGAACCUUAUUUUAGCAGCUGCCGUUAAUGCAGCAACAGCAAAAAUUACCAAUGGUAAAAUAAAGAGUCUUGUUAGUAUGACACCCCCAUCUGUUGAAAAAUCCAAAAUUACAACACAACAGCCAAAUAUUCAAAGACCAAAUACUGUUGAAACAAAUUCUUCUUCUCCAAAUAUAAAGACUGAAAAGCAAGUACAAUCAUCACCUCAUAAGGAUACAACAAAAAUUGAACCCGAAUCUGAAAGUGUAGAUUCGUCAUUUGAUCCAACAUCUUUAUCAAGAUUUUUCCAACCGAAACAACAGGUACGAGUUCCUCCUGUAAGUAAUACAAAUCCUACAACGAGUAUAACGAGUAUAACGCCUCAAAAACGUCCAUUAGAAGAUAAUAGUGACGAAAGUAGCGAUGAGAGUACAUCAAGCGGUGAAAGUGAUAGUGAGAGCGAUGAAGAAGACGAUGAAGACGAUGAAGACGAUGAAGACGAUGAAGAAGAGGAAGGAGCUGAUGGUAACGACGAUGAGGAGGAUGAAGAUGAAGAGGACGAAGAUGAAGAGGACGAGGACAACGAUGAAGAAGAAGAAGAAGAUGGCGAGGAUACCGGGGAUAAUGAAGAAGAUGAUAACGCAAAUGAGAAUGAAGGGAAGAAUGAUGAAGGUAACAACCAGGAACAAGAGCAAAUGGACAAGGUAGUAGAAGAUAAUGAAGAUGACAAUAAAAAUAAUCUGUCAAGUCCGUCGUCAUCGGAUGAACACAACGGAAAUGAAGUAGUUGAUAGCUUGCAAAAGGAUGAUAAUUAUAAUGCUGUCACCACUCCACAAAUGACCUACUCAUCAAUAGAAAACGAUACUCACAACACUAAAGAUGGUGACGGAGAUAUUGAGAUGAAAGAUGUUAAUGAGGAUGUUGCUUAA